AUGACUCGAGAAAACUGUUUAGCUGGGAUUGGGGAAGAGGCGCUGGGCCUCGGGAGCGUGUGGAGCCCGGGGGCCGCGACGCGCCCGCAGCGGGCGGUGACGUCACGCGCGGGGCUGGGGCCGCCCGUCACGUGGCCCCGGCGGGCGCGCGCUCGGGCCGAGGGCGCGCGCUCGGGCCGAGGCCGCUGCGCGGGCACUGGGCAAGCGCUGGGGGCGCUGGUGUGCCCGCUGCUGCGCCCGCUGCUGCGCCCGCUGCUGCGUUUGCUUGCCGGCAGCUCCGCCCGCUGCGGCGAAUGCGGCUCGGACCCGGGCCGUGGCGGGAGCGAAGAUGCCACAGCCCGAGUCCCGAAAGGCCGGGGUCCUGCGCUGCCGGCGUCGGGCGCCUCAGGCGAGCGGCCGCGGCCCGAGCGCCCGGAGAGUCGGAGGCUUCGCCCCGGGCCGCCGCCCUCAGCGGGGUCUCUGGCCGCUGGCCCGGCGUCCGGGAGUGUGUGGGGCGUUGGCAGAGCCGACGCGGCCCUGGAGGCCGGGGGUGGGCCGUGGAGGCGCCUGGCUCGCGGGGGGCGGCCGCGGGCGGCGUGA